GUCAAAAUCACAAACUUCAUCUCAUUAUCAUUAUUUAUGAUUACAUUGUAAUGAUAAACCAUCUUGUUAGGAAUCCUAUAUGUGUUUCUCAGUCGAUAAAAAACUGAUAUUCCAUUAAGGCCGGUCUCACACUGGGACCGACUUCGUACGACUUUUGGUCGUGCGUAAUCGUGCGACUACGCAUGAACAGUAGAAAUAUAAUGAGCGCUCUCACACUGCAACCGACUUAGUCGUGCGUCUGCGUGCGUUUGGAUCCGACCUGCGACUCGAUCCCGUCUAGCUGGGAUUUUCAAUCGACUUGGUACGACCUUUUAUAGAAUUGAGUAUCUUGUACAGUGUUCCAAAAGGAGUGUUUGCAGAGUUUGUGUGUAUUGUUUUAUUCAAUAUGGAUACGGAAAGUUUGAUUAUGUUGAUCCAAGAAAGGGAAAGCCUCUGGAAUCAAAAGAGUGAAUACUAUCAUUCAAGAGAUGUCCAACGGCGCCUAUGGAACGAAGUUGCCCAAGAAUCAAAGAUCAAAGUUGAAGAAGUUAAGAAGAAAUGGAGAGGUAUACGAGACAUUUUUAGGAGGGAAUUUAAAAGAGCUAAUGCGCAUAAAUCUGGUGACCCAGGAGAAGAGUAUAUCCCUAAAUGGCCGUAUUACAAAAUCAUGUUGAUUCUAAAAGAUACAAUUACUUCAAGAGACUUGACAGGUAGCGUUCCAUCUGAGGUUGAUGAACGUGAUGAGCCAGAGCCCGACGUUUUAAGCGAGUUUCCCCCAGAAAAUGAUAUUGCGACCUCACCACAAAUUUCGUCACCAUCAACACAAACAAAAAUACCCUCCCGGACUGUCUUCAAGUCACCACCGAAGAAAGCAUCCAAACGGCCCAAGGAGACAUCUACUAUUGACGACAAACUUCUCAAAAUUGAAGAAGAAAAGCUAAAACUUUUUAAAGGGAAUAUGGCUGAUAGCGAAAUGCAGUUUUUGAUGAGUCUGCACCCUUUUCUAAAACGGGUACCCCCUGCUCGUCAGCUGGCAGUACGUGCAAGUAUUAUUCGAGUGAUUGAUGAUGAAAACACUCAACAGUAUUCCCCGAGCCCUUCCUUCCACUCAUCUAGUGCUGAUGAAUGUCGAAGUCAUUCCUCAUCUUCAAGUAUGAAUUACAUGCUCCUACAAAACGCUACAUCAUCUAAUCAACAGGGGCUUCAAACGUAUUUUGAAGAUUUCGAUCCUACAAAAGUUCAUCUCUAAAGAUUAAAAAUAGCCCAAUAAGUGGACCUGUUUGGUUUAUUGUUUAAAAAAAUAUUUACAUAUCUCUGAGUUAAAAAAUGAGUCAAAUGGAAAAUGUGCAGUAGAGUUUAGUACCCUAAAACACAUUUAUAUAACUUUUUAUGAUCAGACAUUAUUAAUUUUUUUAUGUUCAGGAAGAUUUAUAGACACAUAAGAGUUAUUUUUAAUUUUUGGACAUUUUUGACCAUUUUCAGUUUAUAAUAGCCUUAAUACGUAGAGUCCAAUUUAUUAACUACCAAAAUGUAAACAUAGUUAAAAUAAUAGUGAAAAAUACAAGUAAACACAGUAGAAAUGUUGUUUUAUUGACUACUUACCUCAGUGUAACAGCCAAACGCUCUUCCGGUGAUAUCACUUUGCGAAAGUUGCUGUGUUUUGUCAGCCCUGUAUUAACUUGUUCCAGAAUAUAGUUGAAUGUGUCCAAACUCAUACGGAAGUAGUCAAAGAAUUUUUCCGGAUGAUUUUUCAAAUCACUCAUUAAAUGGUGAAACUCUCCGUUCUCUUCUCUCUUCACAAAUAUCUCAUUAACCCAUUCCGUUCUUCGUUGACGUCUUUUUCUUCUUCUCCUUGUCAACAAACUAUUACUCUCUAACAAGUAAAACAACCCAUCCAUACUUUAAAUUAUAUAUUUAAAGUCUAAAAUUUCUAAAUAGUGCCCAAAGCUUACUGUAUACGAGGAGCAACUACGACGGAAAGUAUGCUACAAUGUGAGAGCUCAGGUCGUGCGACUUAAGUCGCACGACUACGCACGACCAAAAAGUCGUACGAAAUCGGUUCCAGUGUGAGACCAGCCUAAGAGAUAAUAAUUAUUCGAUUUAGUUCAAUGAUCACUUUGGAAUUGCGAAAGUCAAGUA